UCCUUUCUAAAUUAAUAAAACGCAAAGUACACAGUGUCAGUGUGUCAGUAGGUUUGAGUAGAUCUAUAAAGACCUAGAUUAUAGUCUAGAUCUAGUCUACACUUAACUAAGACUAAGCUUUGUCUGGAUCUAGACUGGGAAGAGACGUGUCGAUCGGCACGUAAAAAAUACUUGGAUUUGUAACUUGUUCUUUUACAUUUUGAUUUUAUUCCUGAUCUACUGAUGCACCCAAGAUGAGCACAGUUCCUGAAUCUGACAUGGCGGCAGGGUCUUUAGUCUCCUUGACGGAUAUAUUUAUCCUGUCAUUAGCCGGAGGCUUUGCUCUUUACUGGUUCUUCAUCAGAAAUAAAAAACAAGAAACACCUAAUUUUAAGAAACUCACUAUUGCGCCAGUACUUGAAAGAUCAGAGUCUAGUGAUACGUCAUUUAUAACUAAGAUGAAGAAUACAAAUAGGAAUGUAGUGGUCUUUUAUGGAUCGCAGACUGGAACAGCUGAAGAGUUUGCAACACGGUUAGCUAAAGAUGCCUCUCGGUAUGGCAUGAAAGGAAUGGUUGCUGAUCCAGAAGAGUGUGAAAUGGAAGACUUGACCAAGUUAACAGAAAUAGAAAAUAGUCUGGCUAUCUUUUGUAUGGCUACAUAUGGUGAGGGUGAUCCAACAGAUAAUGCCCAGGAAUUGCAUGAAUAUUUAUCCAAUGGGAAUGACAAACUGACAGGAUUGAGAUAUGCAGUGUUCGGUCUCGGAAAUAAAACCUAUGAACAUUACAACUCAAUGGGCAUAUUUGUGGAUAAACGUUUGGAAGAGCUUGGAGCAGAGAGAGUGUUUGAGUUAGGCCUUGGGGAUGACGAUGCCAACAUUGAAGAAGAUUUUGUGACAUGGAAGGAAAAGUUCUGGCCUGCUGUUUGUGCUUAUUUUGGUGUUGAAGCCACUGGGGAAAAUGUCAAUACAAGGCAGUAUGCUCUCACUCCCAUUGCUGAAGAUUUUCCAAAAGAAAAAAUAUUUACUGGAGAAGUGGCUAGAAUUGGAGCCUUUGCAAAUCAAAAACCACCAUUUGAUGUGAAAAAUCCCUAUUUAGCACCAAUCCUAGUCAACAGAGAACUUCACAAAGGUGGAGACAGAUCUUGCAUGCAUAUAGAGCUGGAUAUAUCUGAAUCAAAAAUAAGAUAUGAAACUGGUGACCAUGUAGCUAUCUACCCAAUAAACGACACAGAGAUUGUGGAGAAACUUGGACAAAGACUUGGAGUAGACUUGGAUACAGUGUUCUCGCUUACUAAUAUUGAUGAGGAUGCCAGCAAGAAACACCCAUUCCCCUGUCCUUGCUCUUACAGAACGGCCUUAAUGCACUAUGUUGAUAUCACCAACCCACCCCGCACCCAUGUCCUGGGAGAGCUGGCCGAGUACACUGACAGCCCACAGGACAAAGAAUUUCUUCAAAAGAUGACACAAGCAACUGACGAAGGAAAGAAACUGUACCAAGACUGGAUUCAUAAUGACCAUAGAAACAUCUUGGCUGUGUUAGAAGACAUUCCCUCCUUGAAGCCACCAAUUGAUCACCUAUGUGAACUGUUACCACGCUUGCAGCCGAGGUUCUAUUCAAUAUCAUCCUCUCCUAAGGUCCAUCCUAAGAGCAUCCACAUCACCGCUGUCCUCAUCCAGUACACCACUCCAACUAAACGUCUUAGCAAAGGUGUCUGCACAUCUUGGUUGGCCACCAAGAAGCCAUCAGGAGAUGGAGCACAGAUGCGAGUCCCUAUCUACGUCAGGAAAUCCCAGUUCAGGUUACCCUUCAAGACAGUGACCCCUAUUGUCAUGAUAGGACCUGGCACUGGAUUAGCACCUUUCAGAGGCUUCAUACAAGAGAGAAAUUACUUCCGCGAAGAAGGGAAACCUGUGGGGGACACUAUCCUGUAUUUUGGAUGUCGCAACAAGAGUGUGGAUUUCAUCUAUGAGCAGGAGCUGUUGGACUAUCAGGAGAAGAAGGUGCUAACACUGCACACAGCCUUUUCAAGGGACCAGGAACAUAAAGUGUAUGUCCAGCACUUGAUUGACCAGAACCAUGAUGAGAUCUGGAAUGUCCUCAACAAUAAUGGCCACAUCUACAUAUGUGGUGAUGCUAAAAAUAUGGCCAGAGAUGUCCACGCCAUGUUAGUGAAAAUAUUGACCACUAAAGGUCAGAUGAGUACAGCUGAUGCCGAAGACUACAUUAAAAAGUUGCAAUCAAAGGGACGCUACUCUGCCGAUGUUUGGAGUUAGUCCCAAUCAUCUAGUUAUUUUGUUUAUUCUAUUUUUAAAAAAUUUCAAUGUAAAAAAAAUUCAGUUCGGACAUUAUUGGCAAUAAUCAAUUACUUUUACAAAUUUAUUUUUAAAUGUAUAUAAAAAGUAUUUCUACAUUUAUUUGAAGAAUACAUUUACACCAAAUAAAAACUUAGCAAAUUUUAUCUCUGUUUUAUAAUAACCAUGUUUCUCAUCUUAUGUCCCAUAUUGUAAAAGUUAUUUCAAUCUGAUAGAGAAAGUGAAUGAUAUAGGAUGUGUUUAUACAAGAACCAUCAGUGUAUAUAGUCACCUGUUUUAUGUAUUUCUUUUAUAGCAUAUUAAAACUUAACAUAUUCCCAGGGGAUUUAUAGCAGUGAAACCUCAAGAUAUGUAUUCACUUUGCAGACACAUUUUUUUAUAGCAUUUUAACUUCAUCUAAAAAUGUCUCGAAAAAAUAUUUUAUAAUCACAAGUUGUUUAGUGCCAACAAUAGUGUGUUGAUAGAAUUUAUUAAAAUGACAGAAGUCAUUGCAGGGCAUAUGAAAUCUAAUAGCUCUUGAUUAGGAGUGGCCAAAAGGCAAUUUAGUUUCCUAUUUGAUAAUGGCUUCAUUUAUAUAUACUUUAAGUUAAUGGAGAUCCACCAAUUAACAGAUUGCAACAAAAUUAGCAAUAUGCUAGCACGAAAAACAAAAAGGAUUAUUCUUGUUCAUUGUCAUAUUACCGGUACUGCAACAACAAAAAAUCAGUUAUUUCUUGACUAAUUUUACAAACACCUUUGUUGUUCUUUUGUAUCCCAUUUCCUUUAUAUUUCCAUAAUCCAGUGCAAACCAGUAAUGCUUUUGAUGCGUCACUGUUAAGUGCUAUACAGGUUUAGUGCUACACAGGUUUGUUUUUGUUUGACUGAGCUAAGUGUAGCUGUUUUGAGCAACAGCUAAUGAAAAUGUAUGUUUCAAUCAAUGGCAUUUACUGAUUUAAUGUUGCCUGAUUUAGGGUCACCGGUUAUGAAUCCAGAAGAAUAAUAAUGUAUUUGAUAUUUUUGUUUGUUUUUCAAUGUUGUCUGUUAUGAAUUGUGAGAAUAAUGUAUUAGUAUGUUUAUGUAAAUUUUUAGUUUUAGAUCACACAAUUUGAAAGUUUUGGUUGGAUGGGGAAACACAAAAAGUUGGAUUUGUUAAGAUGAAAUAAUUGUUUGAUUUUGCUCAUGCACCUGUUGUAAUGGAAUCAUGCACAAUAAAACUGAAAACAUGGCCCCUCAGUGUUUUAUGCAAAGAGCCUUGUUUUGUUUGUACCUGGGUUACCUGUUGAGCUGGGUUUGUGUUCCAUAAGAUGUAACUGUGUUGACAUGCACAUAGAUGAAUUUUGAUUGGUGUUUUUAUCUAUCAUUUGUAAUAUUUUGUUUUUUUAAAGGAUAUAUUUUCAACUGGUAUUAAUCAGUAUCUUUUGUGUCAGACUUUUGUAAUGAAUUCAAUAAAUCCUGUGAUGAAGAGCUGAAUAAAAAGUUCAAAUGAC